CGCUUCCGCCGACGCAAGAUGGCGGCGGAUGCAACAACGGAGCUGCUUUUUUUGGAUACUUUCAAACACCAAAGCACUGAGCAAAGCACUAAUGUAGACGUGGUUCGCUUUCCUUGUGUAGUUUACAUCAAUGAAGUGCGUGUGAUUCCUCCAGGAAUAAGAGCUCACUCUAACUUACCUGAAAGUAGAGCUUAUGGUGAGACAUCUCCUCAUACAUUUCAGUUAGACCUGUUUUUCAACAAUGUCAGCAAACCAAGUGCACCUGUAUUUGACAGGCUAGGAAGCCUGGAGUAUGAUGAAAACUCUUCAAUUAUUUUCAGGCCCAACGCAAAGGUUAACACUGAUGGCUUAGUUUUAAGAGGCUGGUAUAACUGCUUAACACUGGCAAUAUAUGGCUCUGUUGAUAGAGUGGUAGGCCACGACAGAGACUCUCCUCCUCCUCCUCCACCACCUCCUCCACCUCCUCAGCAACAACAAGCUUUGAAAAGAACUCCAAAAUUAACUGAUGGAGAGAAAGAGGAACAGUUCAAUGGCAGCCCUCCCCGGCCUCAACCUAGAGGACCAAGAACCCCACCUGGCCCCCCUCCUCCGGAUGAUGAUGAAGAUGAGCCAAUGCCUAUAUCAGUUGCUGGAGAAAAAGAAGACGAUGUUGAUCACAGAGAAGAUUAUUUUGAGCCCAUUUCUCCUGAUCGGACUUCCAUUCAUCAAGAAGGACCAUAUUCUGACGAGGCAGAAGUGGAAGAAGAACAAGCAGAAGAAAUGGAUGAUGAUGAAGAAGGUGUGGAUGUUGAGGAGGAAGAGGAUGAAGAAGAGGAUGACGAUGGUCAAACAGUAGAUAGCAUUCAGGAUGAUGAAGAGGACGAUGAUGAGGAUGAGGAUGAGGAUGAGGAUGAUGAAGAAGAGGAAGAAGGUGAUGAAGAGGAAGAAGGUGAAGGAGAUGAUGGUUAUGAACAGAUUUCAAGUGAUGAAGAUGGUAUUGCUGACUUGGAACGAGAGACGUUUAAAUACCCAAGUUUUGACAUUGAAUAUACUGCUGAAGAUUUGGCCAGAGUGCCACCUGUAACCUAUGAUCCUUUUGAUAGGGAUCUUGGACCCCUUCUAUAUUUCAGUUGCUCCUACAAGACCACUUUUGAGAUGGAAGUUGCCAAGAUGAGAGAUCAAGAUCUAGAGAAGGAAAACAGUGGGGCAGUAGAGAGUUCCGUUAAAUUGACUGAGCUCCUUGAAUUGUAUCAGGAGGAAAGAGGUGCAAAAUGGGUCACAGCUUUGGAAGAAAUACCCAGUUUAGUAGUCAAAGGACUAAGUUACUUGCAAUUAAAGGAUACAAGCCAGGAUUACUUAAGCCAGUUGGUUGACUGGACAAUGCAGUCUUUAAAUCUUCAAGUAGCCCUGAGACAACCAAUUGCUUUGAACGUCCGUCAGCUGAAAGCUGGGACAAAGCUUGUCUCUUCACUGGCAGAAUGUGGAACUCGAGGAAUAGAAGCACUCUUGCAAGGGGGAGUAAUUGAUUCUUUAUUUGAGUUGCUCUUUGCGGAUCAUGUGUCCUCUUCCCUUAAACUUAAUGCUUUCAAAGCUUUGGAUAGUGUUAUUAGCAUGACUGAAGGAAUGGAGGUUUUUUUGAGGAGUAGUUUGGAGGCCAGUGAAAAAAGUGGCUAUCAGAGACUUUUGGAACUUAUUCUCCUGGAUCAGACUGUAAGGGUAGUCACUGCAGGUUCUGCCAUUUUACAGAAAUGUCACUUCUAUGAGAUUCUGUCUGAGGUAAAAAAAAUUGGUGACCAGCUAGCAGAAAAUCCCCCACCCCUUCCAAAUCAUUCUGAGUCUGAGCAGGAUCCAGAUGCUGGACCUGAAAGAGGCAACCAGGAAUAUGAUAACGAUGUAGAUGCUCCAAUGGAUAUGGACAAUAUUUUGGAGUCCUCCACUAUGAAUGAAGGAGAAAUUGAAAAACUCAUUAACAUUUUAGAUGAAAUUUUGCAUUUGAUGGAGACAGCCCCGCACAGCAUGGUGCAGCCACCUGUGAAAUCUUUUCCAACAACAGCACGUAUUACAGGGCCUCCAGAAAGGGAUGAUCCUUUUCCAGUUCUGUUCAGGUAUCUUCACAACCACAGUUUUUUGGAGUCUGUCACUUUGCUGUUGUCCAAUCCAAUAACAAAUGUGCAUCCUGGAGUGCUUCAAUCUGUCAGAGAUAUUCUGAGGUUUUUAGCACAGUCACAGAAAGGUCUCCUUUUUUUCCUCUCUGAAUAUGAAGCCACCAAUUUGCUGGUUCGAGCAUUUUGUCAGUUUUCGGAUCCCGAUCAAGAAGAAGGCCUGCAAACCGACGGGGCAGGCGAUGAAGCAUUUCCCUUAUGGCUUCUUCAUUCGACCCAGACGCUGCAGUGCAUUUCAGAACUAUUCAGCCACUUCCAGCGUUGCACAGCCACUGAUGAAACUGACCAUUCAGAUCUCCUGGGAACCCUUCAUAAUCUUUACUUGAUCACUUUUAACCCAGUAGGAAGAGCUGCUGUUGCCCAUGUCUUCAGUCUUGAGAAGAAUCUCCAGAGCCUUAUUACUUUAAUGGAGUUCUACUCCAAAGAAGCAUUAGGUGAUUCCAAAUCAAAAAAGUCAGUUGCCUACAAUUACGCCUGCAUCCUUGUUCUACUGGUGAUACAGUCUUCAAGUGAUGUCCAGAUGCUUGAACUGUACUCAGCCCCCCUGCUGAAGCUUUGCAAAGCGGAUGAAAAUAACACCAAGUUACAAGAACUUAAUAAAUGGUUGGAGCCAUUGAAAACAAUCCGAUUUGAAAUUAAUUGUAUCCCAAAUCUCAUUGAAUAUAUUAAACAGAACAUUGAUAGCUUGAUGACUCAGGAAGGAGUUGGUCUUCCUACAGCACUUCGUGUCUUGUGUCAUAUUGCUUGUCCUCCACCACCUGUUGAAGGUCAGCAAAAGGACCUUAAAUGGAACCUUGCAGUUAUUCAGCUCUUCUCUUCUGAAGGAAUGGACACAUUUAUCAGAGUUCUGCAAAAACUAAACAGCAUUCUUAUUCAGCCCUGGAGACUCCAUGUCAACAUGGGAACAACUCUUCACAGAGUCACUACAAUCUCCAUGGCCCGAUGUACUCUCACACUUUUGAAGACCAUGUUAACUGAAUUGCUACGGGGAGGAUCCUUUGAAUUUAAAGAUAUGCGUGUUCCUUCAGCACUUAUUUCUUUACACAUGCUUUUAUGUUCUAUAACCCUCUCUGGGCGUUUGGACAGUGAUGAACAGAAAAUCCAGAAUGAUAUUGUUGAUAUCUUGUUGACUUUCACCCAAGGUGUUAAUGAGAAGCUGACUAUUUCCGAAGAAACUCUAGCCAAUAAUACUUGGUCACUAAUGCUCAAAGAGGUUCUUUCUUCUGUUCUAAGAAUCCCAGAAGGAUUUUUCUCUGGCCUUAUAUUGCUUUCAGAACUACUGCCUCUUCCUCUGCCUAUGCAGACCACUCAGGUUAUUGAACCACAUGACCUAUCAGUAGCUCUCAAUACUAGAAAACUUUGGAGCAUGCAUCUUCAUGUUCAAGCAAAAUUACUGCAAGAAAUAGUACGAUCCUUUUCUGGCUCUACUUGCCAGCCUAUUCAGCAUAUGCUAAGGCGCAUUUGUGUACAGUUGUGUGACUUGGCCUCACCAACGGCUCUCCUUAUUAUGAGAACUGUCUUAGAUCUACUUGUAGAAGAUCUGCAAAGCAGCCCAGAAGAUAAGGAGAAACAAUACACUGGUCAGACCACCCGCUUACUUGCUUUAUUUGAUGCCCUGGCUUCCCACAAAGCUUGUAAAUUAGCUAUUUUGCACCUGAUUAAUGGAGCUGCUAAAGGCGAUGAAAAAUAUACGGAGGUUUUCCUGGAACUUUUGUCUUUGAUGCAAACUGCAGGAGAAAACAUAAUUCAUCAGCAGUGUGCAGAAUACUUAGCUUCUAUUUUACAGUCCUUCUGUGACCAGGAUAUCGCCUUGAUCUUGCCCAGUUCCUCAGAAAGCACUCUUUCUGAACUGGAGCAGCUUUCCAAUUCAUUGCCAGGCAAGGAACUCAUGGCUUCCAUCUGUGACUGCCUGAUAGAAACAGUUAUUAAUGCUGAAAGCAGCUAUACCUGCUUGCUGACUUGUAUCAGGACAAUGAUGUUCCUUACAGAGCACAAUUAUGGAUUCUAUCACCUGAAAAGGUCUCUGGCAAAACAUUGUGGUGCUUUGCAAACAGUACUGAAGAGAAUAGUAAGCAGCUUCAGUAAAGACACAGGAGAACUUGCCUCUUCCUUUCUGGAUUUUAUGAGACAGAUACUAAAUUCAGAUCCUUUGGGAUGUUGUGGGGAUGAUGGGAGUCUUGUGGAAGUAGAUGGAAGUCAUCCCACCAGAACACUGGGUCUUAGCACUGCAGAAUUAAAAUAUCAGCUGCAGACCAAAGAAGAGACUCCUGAAAACCUGCUCCUUGAACUGGAGAAACUGGUUUUGGAGUGUUCUAAGGAAGAAGAGACCCUGGAAGCAUUACUGGAUAAUGUUGUUGCACUUAGACAGAUGUUGGAAUCUGCUGGAGAGGCUUGUCCUCUAAGUGAUCAAGAUGUGGAACCAAUUUUGCCUGCUCCAGAAUCUCUCCAACAUCUAUUUAAUAAUAGGACUAUGUACAUCUUGGCAGAUGUUAUGGAUGACCAACUGAAGUCUAUGUGGUUCUCACCAUUCCAGGCUGAAGAAAUUGAAACUGACCUUGACAUGGUGAAAGUUGACUUAAUUGAACUGUCAGAAAAAGGAUGCAGCGACUUUGAUCUGCAAGCGGAAUUGGAGAGGUCAUUUGUUACAGAGCCUUCUUCUCCUGGUCGGACCAAAACCACAAAAGGCUUUAAACUUGGCAAACACAAGCAUGAGACAUUUAUAACUUCUAGUGGAAAGUCAGAAUACAUUGAACCUGCCAAGAGGGCUCAUAUUGUACCUCCCCCUAGAGGUAGAGGCAGGGGAGCAUUUGGCCAAGGCCUCCGCCCCCAUGACAUCUUCCGUCAGAGGAAACAGAACACCAGCAGGCCCCCCUCCAUGCAUGUUGAUGACUUUGUAGCUGCAGAGAGCAAAGAGGUGGUUCCGCCAGAUGGGAUCCCCCCUCCCAAGAGGCCACCUAAAGUUUCACAGAAAAUUUCUUCCCGUGGUGGCUUCUCAGGGAACCGUGGAGGGCGGGGAGCCUUUCACAGCCAAAAUAGAUUCUUCACACCCCCUGCUUCAAAAG